CGUGACGCAGGCACUGGCGUGCGCGCGCGCACACUUUGCCAGCCAAACUUCCCCCAAGCUGCGGCAAACGAGAGCAAACCAUGGCUGACGGGGAAGGCGAGGAUGAAAUUCAGUUUCUGCGAACAAAUGAUGAGGUGGUCCUACAGUGUUCGGCCACAAUCCAUAAGGAGCAACAGAAACUCUGCCUGGCUGCUGAAGGCUUCGGAAACAGGCUGUGUUUCCUUGAAUCAAUCUCCAAUUCCAAGAAUGUACCUCCAGAUCUGUCAAUAUGUACUUUCGUGGUUGAGCAGUCACUGUCGGUUCGUGCCCUUCAGGAGAUGCUUGCCAGUACUGAAGCGAAGACCGGGGGAACGAUCCAAGGGGGUGGUCAUCGCACGUUAUUAUAUGGGCAUGCGGUCCUUCUGCGUCACUCUUACAGUGGAAUGUACCUGUGUUGUCUAUCCACCUCCCGAUCAUCCACAGACAAAUUAGCUUUUGAUGUGGGGCUUCAGGAAGACACCACAGGUGAAGCGUGCUGGUGGACCAUUCAUCCAGCAUCAAAGCAACGUUCCGAGGGGGAGAAGGUUAGGGUGGGGGAUGAUCUCAUUCUGGUCAGCAUUUCAUCCGAGAGAUAUCUGCAUCUAUCCUAUGGCAACUGUUAUCAAAAUGUAGAUGCAGCCUUCCAGCAGACUCUGUGGAGCGUUACUCCAAUCUGUUCUGGCAGUGAAGUGGCAGAAGGUUUCUUGAUAGGCGGGGAUGUCUUGCGCCUCCUUCAUGGUCACAUGGAUGAGUGUUUAACUGUUCCAUCUGGAGACUACGGGGAUGAGCAGAAGAGAACGGUGCAUUAUGAGGGUGGAGCAGUGUCCAGUCAUGCCAGGUCCCUGUGGAGAUUAGAGACACUGCGAGUUCUGUGGAGUGGUAGUCAUAUUCGCUGGGGCCAGCCGUUCAGACUGAGGCACGUGACAAGUGGGAAGUAUCUGAGUCUGACAAAAGCGAAAUCAUUACGACUAAUGGACAAAGAAAAAGCGGAUGUCAAGUCAACAGCCUUUUGUUUCAGAUCUUCCAAGGAAAAGGUUGACCUUGGUCUAAAAAAGGAAGUGGAUGGAAUGGGUACCCCUGACAUUAAGUAUGGUGACUCAUUGUGUUACAUUCAACAUGUUGACACAUGUCUGUGGCUUACCUACCAGACCGCUGAUGCAAAAUCUGCACGCAUCGGUGACGUUCAAAGAAAGGCCUUCAUGCACCAUGAAGGUCACAUGGACGACGGGCUGACGUUGUCAAGGUCACAACAUGAAGAGAGUCACACUGCCAGAGUCAUCCGCAGUACUGUGUUCUUGUUCAACCUGUUCAUCAGGAGUCUAGAUACGUUAAGAGCAAAAGGAACGAGCACAACAUUUGAUAUACCAAUCGACUCAAUAAGUCUGAGUCUUCAGGAUCUGAUUGGCUACUUCCAGCCGCCCGGCGAGCACCUAGAACAUGAAGACAAGCAGAAUCGCUUGAGAGCUUUGAAGAAUAGGCAGAACCUCUUCCAAGAAGAGGGAAUGAUCGCGCUGGUCCUGGAGUGUAUUGAUCGACUCCAUGUGUACAGCAGUGCAGCCCAUUUCACAGAAGCAGCUGGGAGGGAGGCAGGAGAGGCAGGAGAGGCCUGGAGCUCCAGCCUUAACUCUCUCUACCAACUACUGGCUGCACUGAUCAGGGGCAACAGGAAGAACUGUGCUCAGUUUUCGGGUUCCUUAGACUGGCUCAUCGGCAGAUUGGAGAGACUGGAGGCCUCCUCUGGUAUACUGGAGGUGCUUCACUGUGUGCUGGUGGAGAGUCCUGAAGCACUGAACAUUAUCAAAGAGGGACAUAUCAAAUCCAUAAUUUCUCUUCUGGAUAAACAUGGACGUAACCACAAGGUUCUUGAUGUGUUAUGUUCGCUUUGUGUGUGUCACGGUGUGGCAGUCCGCUCAAACCAGCACCUGAUCUGUGACAACCUACUGCCGGGAAGAGAUUUGUUGCUUCAGACACGCCUGAUCAAUUACGUAAGCAGCAUGUGCCCUAAUAUCUUUCUGGGUGUCAGUGAAGGCUCUGCACAGUCUAAGAAGUGGUACUAUGAGCUGAUUGUAGACCAAGCACUGCCAUUCGUCACUGCUGAGGCAUCUCACCUCAGGGUGGGCUGGGCCAACAACAACGGCUACAUGCCCUGCCCCAGCAGUGGGGAGAGUUGGGGCGGCAAUGGAGUGGGUGAUGACCUCUACUCCUUUGGCUUUGAUGGACUCCAUCUUUGGUCAGGCUGUAUUGGGAAGACUGUCAGCUCACCCAACCAGCACCUUCUGAGAGCAGAUGAUGUUGUGAGCUGCUGCUUGGACCUUAGUGUGCCCAGUAUCUCCUUCCGGAUCAACGGCCAACCGGUUCAGGGCAUGUUUGAGAACUUCAACUCUGAUGGCCUCUUUUUCCCUGUGGCCAGCUUCUCUGCUGGAAUAAAGCUUCGUUUCCUCCUUGGGGGUCGCCAUGGAGAGUUUAAGUUUCUCCCUCCUCCAGGUUAUGCUCCGUGCUUUGAGGCCGUGCUGCCCAGAGAGAAACUAAAACUUGGGCCCAGUCAACACCAGCCUGCAGCCGGGGACCUUUUGGGACCCACUGUCACCAUGAGCCAGGCAGCAUUCACACCCAUGCCUGUAAACACCAGCCAGAUUGUUUUGCCAUUUCACUUAGAGAGGAUAAAGGAUAAGCUUGCAGAAAACAUCCAUGAGCUGUGGGUGAUGAACAAGAUUGAAUUUGGCUGGACCUACGGUGUAAUUCGAGAUGACACCAAGAGGCAGCACCCAUGUCUGGUGGAGUUCUCCAAGUUGGCGGAACAGGAACGAAGUUACAACUUACAGAUGUCUGUGGAAACUCUCAAAACUCUCCUUGCUUUGGGGUGCCAUGUCGGUCUUUCAGAUGAACAUGCUAUGGAGAAAGUCAAAAGUGUAAAACUGUCAUCAAACUAUGAGUUGUCCAGUGGUUACAAACCUGCUCCCCUGGACCUUUAUCAUAUCAAACUGACCUCCACUCAGGAAGCCAUGGUGGACAAAUUGGCUGAAAAUGCACACAAUGUCUGGGCAAGAGACCGCAUCCGCCAGGGUUGGACCUAUGGAAUUCAACAGGAUGUGAAGAAUCGCAGAAAUCCUCGUCUGGUGCCCUACAGUCUUUUGGAUGAGAGAACCAAGAAGUCAAACAAAGAUAGUCUAAGAGAAGCUGUCAGAACUCUGCUGGGUUAUGGGUACAACCUGGAAGCUCCUGACCAGGACCACACUCAUUUUGAUCACAGCAAUAUGUCUGCUGAAAGGUUCCGGAUCUUCAGAGCUGAAAGAUCCUACUGUGUGAAUUCAGCAAAGUGGUACUUUGAGCUAGAGGUAGUGACAGCAGGAGAGAUUAGGGUUGGCUGGGCAAGACCAGGAUGUCUACCAGAUCUAGAAUUGGGUUCUGAUGAAAAGGCCUUUGUCUUUGAUGGAUUCAAGGUUCAGCGCUGGCACCAGGGAAACGAGCACUUUGGGCGUGCCUGGCAGACAGGUGAUGUCGUUGGCUGCAUGGUGGACCUGAAUGAACACACCAUGAUGUUCACCCUGAACGGAGAAGUGCUGCUUGAUGACUCUGGCUCUGAACUGGCUUUCAAAGACUUUGAUGUUGGUGAAGGUUUCAUCCCUGUGUGCAGUUUGGGUGUGUGCCAGGCUGGGAGGAUUAACUUUGGUAAACAUGUCAGUACCCUGAAAUACUUCACAAUAUGCGGUCUGCAGGAAGGCUACGAACCCUUUGCUGUCAACAUGAAUCGCGAUGUCACAAUAUGGCUCAGUAAAAGACUGCCUCAGUUUGUACCUGUACCUCAUGACCACCAACAUAUAGAGGUGACAAGAAUAGAUGGGACAGUGGAUUCAUGUCCUUGUCUGAAGGUCACACAAAAGUCAUUUAGUUCACAGAACAGCAACGGCGACAUUACUUUCUACAGACUGAGCAUGCCCAUUGAAUGUGCUGAAUCCUUCUCUAGGCCUCCGUCAAAUGGCAGUCUCUUGUCACUUAAGACAGAGCUAGAAGACUUUGAAUCCGACUUUGAGGUCCUAAUGAAAACAGCUCAUGGCCACAAUGGUCCAAACGGUCCAGACAGAGGUGAAUUCAACAAUCACAAAGAUUGCAACCAAGAGAAAACCUCCAAGCUCAAACAAAGGUUCUUGUUGAAGAAGAAUAAACCAGACAACUCCAAUCCCUCCCCUGCCUGUCUAUCAGAAGAAGUGAUGGUUGAUGACAGGAAUGAAUAUGAAAUACUCAUGAAAACAUCAAUUUACUCAUAUUCCGUAAGGAUCUUCCCUGGCCAGGAGCCCAGCAAUGUGUGGGUGGGCUGGGUCACCUCUGACUUUCAUCACCAUGAACCAGGCUUUGGGUUGGACAAGGUCCAAAUUGUAACAGUGACUUUGGGAGAUGAAAAAGGCAAAGUUCAUGAGAGUAUAAAGCGCCGUAACUGCUAUAUGGUGUGGGCUGGAGAGAGCAGCAGUCCAGAAGGAAGGAGUAACAAAGGUUUAGAGAUUGGAUGUUUGGUUGACACAGCAAACGGACUGCUGUCCUUUACAGCUAAUGGCAAAGAACUCAGCACAUACUACCAGGUGGAGCCCAGUACUAAACUCUUCCCAGCUGUAUUUGCCAAGGCUACCAGCCUGAAUGUCUUCCAGUUUGAACUGGGACAAAUUAAGAAUGUGAUGCCUCUGUCAGCUGGUUUAUUUAUGAGUGAGAGGAAGAAUUCAGUCCCACAAUGUCCUCCCCGGCUGCAUGUCCAGUUUCUCACUCCUGUAGUAUGGAGUCGUGUUCCCAAUCACUAUCCCAAGGUUUCAGUAUCACGAGUCAAUGACCGACAUGGCUGGCUGGUUCAUUGUAAUGAACCAUUGCAGUUUUUGUCUCUGCACAUACCCGAAGAGAACAGGUCAUUGGAUGUCCUGGAGCUAUCUGAGAGGAGAGACUUAUUAAAGUUUCACUAUCAUACCCUCAGAUUGUAUUCUGCAAUCUGUGCUCUUGGAAACAACCGGGUUGCUCACGCCCUUUGCUCCCACGUGGAUGAGGCACAGCUUCUGCAUGCUAUAGAGAAUAAAUAUAUGCCAGGUUUGCUACGUGCAGGCUACUAUGACCUUUUGAUUGAGAUCCAUCUGAGCAACUACGCAACCGCUCGUCUCAUGAUGAACAAUGAGUACAUCGUUCCUAUGACUGAUGAAACCAAGAGUAUAACCCUGUUUCCCAAUGAGGAAAAAAAACACGGUGUGCCUGGCAUUGGGCUCAGCACUUCCCUGAGACCAAGAAUGCACUUUUCCUCCCCAAGUUUUGUCUGCGGUUCUGAGUCAUCAUCACGUACCGAUUUCAACAAUGGCUCACGAUCAGUGGAUUCUUGCCAGUACAGCCCUGAAUUCCCCUUGGACAUACUAAAAACAAAAACAGUCGAGAUGCUGACAGAGGCAGUAUGUGAGGGCAACAUGCAUGCAAGAGAUCCCAUUGGGGGCAGCACUGAACUUCUCUUUGUGCCGCUCAUAAAGCUCUUUUACACCAUGCUCAUCAUGGGUGUUUUCCAAAAUGGAGAUCUGAAGAACAUACUGCGACUGAUUGAGCCAUCUAUGUUCUCAGAAAGAUGUGAAUUGCAGGAGGAAAUGCAAAGGAAUGUGGAAAUGGAGACAGAGGAAGGAGGAGAGGAGGAAGGAAGAAACAUACCAAAGCAGGGAUUAUUGCAGAUGAAAUUACCAGAGCCUGUAAAAGUUCAGAUGUGCCAUGUUCUUCAGUACCUGUGUGACUGCCAGGUGCGUCAUCGGAUUGAAGCAGUAGUCGCCUUCUCUGAUGAUUUCGUAGCUUGUCUCCAAGAAAACCAGCGGUUUCGCUACAAUGAAGUGAUGCUCGCGCUGAACAUGUCUGCUGCUCUCACAGCCAAGAAGACCAAAGAAUUCCGAUCUCCACCUCAAGAACAGAUCAACAUGCUGCUGAGCUUUAAGAAGGAGAUGCAGGAGUGCCCCUGUCCCGAAUAUAUCCGAGAGCAGCUGCUUGACUUCCAUGAGGACCUCAUGAAACACUGUGGUAUAGAGUUAACUGAAGAUGGUGCUUUAGAUGGGGACAGUAAUUUUACCAUUCGAGAUCGACUGAUGUCGUUGGUGGAAAAAGUGACUGACCUGAAGAACAAGAUGGUCAACCUGCCAAAGGAAAAAACAGAUAGAAAACCCAGUACUUUACAGCAGUUGAUUUCAGAGACGAUGGUUCGCUGGGCUCAGGAGUCGGUUAUUGAGGAUCCGGAGCUUGUCAGAGCCAUGUUUGUCCUGUUGCACCGACAGUAUGAUGGCAUUGGAGGACAGGUUUGGGCUCUCCCCAAGACUUACACAAUAAACUCGGUUUCAAUCGAGGACACCAUCAACCUCCUCGCUGCUCUUGGUCAGAUAAGAUUGUUGCUGAGUGUGCGUAUGGGAAGAGAGGAGGAGAAGCUCAUGAUAAGAGGACUGGGUGAUAUUAUGAACAACAAGGUGUUCUACCAGCAUCCCAACUUGAUGAGAGCUCUGGGAAUGCAUGAGACUGUCAUGGAGGUCAUGGUGAACGUACUCAGUGGAGGAGAUUCUAAGGAAAUUACCUUUCCUAAAAUGGUGGCCAACUGUUGUCGUUUUCUUUGUUACUUCUGUCGAAUCAGCCGUCAAAACCAGAAAGCCAUGUUUGAUCAUCUCAGCUACCUGCUGGAGAACAGCAGCGUUGGCCUUGCAUCUCCAUCGAUGCGAGGAUCCACCCCUCUUGAUGUGGCUGCAGCAUCAGUGAUGGAUAACAAUGAGUUGGCCCUUGCCCUGAGAGAGCCAGACUUGGAGAAGGUGGUUCAGUAUCUGGCUGGCUGCGGGCUGCAGAGCUGCACGAUGCUGGUGUAUAAAGGAUAUCCUGACAUUGGCUGGAACCCUGUAGAAGGAGAACGCUACCUUGACUUCUUGCGUUUUGCUGUAUUUUGUAAUGGUGAAAGUGUGGAAGAGAAUGCUAACGUUGUGGUGAAACUUCUUAUCCGCCGACCGGAAUGUUUUGGCCCUGCACUUCGAGGAGAAGGUGGUGAUGGGUUGUUGGCCACAAUGGAAGACGCAAUUAAGAUUUCCCUUGAUCCCUUAAGAGAUGGUCCUUCCUCUGCAUCAGAAAGGAGCAAUAUUCCCAAUGAUGGGUUAGAUGAAGAAGACGACACUAUCCACUUGGGAAAUGCCAUCAUGACCUUCUAUGCAGCUCUCAUUGACCUGCUGGGACGUUGUGGUCCUGAAAUGCAUUUGAUACAUGCUGGUAAAGGUGAAGCAAUCCGCAUCAGAGCCAUUCUAAGGUCCCUCAUUCCCAUUGAAGAUCUGGUGGGCGUCAUCUGCAUUCCAUUCUCUAUGCCAAGUCUAGAAAAAGAUUGGGUGGUGUUGGAGCCAGACAUGUCAGCUGGCUUUUGUCCGGAUCAUAAAGCGGCCAUGGUGCUGUUUUUGGACCGGGUAUAUGGUGUACAAGACCGGAAUUUCCUCCUGCAUCUGCUCGAAGUUGGCUUCUUACCAGACCUCAGAGCUGCAGCUUCAUUGGACACUGUAGCGCUUAGUGCCACAGAUAUGGCUCUUGCCCUCAACAGGUAUUUGUGCACAGCAGUAUUACCACUGCUGACGAAAUGUGCGCCACUGUUCGCGGGGACCGAGCCAUUCGCGUCACUGAUCGAUUCCCUCCUUCACACGGUUUACCGUCUUUCGAAAGGCUGCUGCCUUACCAAAGCCCAGAGAGAUUCCAUUGAAGAGUGUCUUCUAGCGGUUUGUGGUAAGCUGAGGCCUUCAAUGAUGCAGCAUUUGUUGAGCAGGCUUGUGUUUGACAUUCCCUUGCUUAAUGAACAUACCAAGAUGCCUUUGAAGCUUUUGACCAAUCACUUUGAGUGUUGUUGGAAGUACUACUGCCUGGCUGGAGGCUGGGGCAGUUUUGGUGCUGCAUCUGAUGAAGAGCUUCACCUCUGCAGGAAAUUAUUUUGGGGAAUAUUUGAUGCUCUCUCUCAUAAGCCAUAUGACCAGGAGCUGUUUAAGGUUGCAUUGUCAUGCCUAAGUGCAGUGGGGGGAGCUCUUCCUCCAGACUAUAUGGAGUCCAACUACAUGGCCAUGAUGGACAAACAAUCAUCUAUGGAUACUGAAGGAAACUUCACUCCGCAGCCUGCAGAUACUGCCAAUGUGACUGUACCAGAUAAACUGGACAUUUUCAUCGCCAGAUAUGCAGAGCAUAACCAUGAGAAGUGGUGUUUCGAAAAGUUUUCAAGUGGCUGGUCAUAUGGGGAAAAAGCAUGUGAAAUAUCCAGGACCCACAAUUUAUUAAAGCCUUUUAAAGCACUCACUGAUAAGGAUAAAGAGUUAUAUUACUGGCCAAUCAGAGAGUCUCUAAAGACCAUGCUUUCUUGGGGAUGGAGCAUCAACAGGAUACGAGAGACUGACUCUGCCACGCUGCAUAACACAUCUAGGAGGAUAUCGCAAGCCAGCCAGCCGUCCUUUGAAGGAGCACAGUGUUUCAAUCCCAGACCCAUUGAUAUGAGCAAUGUUACACUGUCCAGAGACUCACAGUCAAUGGCAGAGCUGCUCGCAGAGAACUAUCAUAACAUCUGGGCCAGGAUAAAGAAAAUUGAUCUAGAAGCCAAAGGCGGAGGAAAUGACCCCUUACUAGUUCCCUUUGAUACACUGACUGCCAAAGAGAAAUUAAAAGACAGACAAAAAGCACUAGACAUCCUCAAGUUCCUCCAGAUCAAUGGUUACACUUUGUCAAGAGGUGUGAAGUCGCAGGAGUUGGACACACCAGCCAUAGAGAAACGAUUUGCCUACACCUUCCUUGAGCAGCUCAUCAACUAUGUAGACCAGGCCCAUGAUCACAUGCUGGAGUUUGACAUGGGAACAAGACAAAGGGGAGUAAAGAGUCCUCAUGAACAGCAGAUGAAGUUCUUUUUAAAGGUUGUCUUGCCAUUGGUGGAUCAAUAUUUCAGAAACCAUCGGCUGUACUUCCUAUCCACAUCCAUCCAUUCCAUUAGCAAUGGUGGACAUGCCUCCAACAAGGAAAAAGAGAUGGUGACAAGUCUUUUCUGCAAACUGGGAGUACUUGUCAGAAAUAGGAUAUCCUUAUUUGGUAAUAAUGCCACAUCCAUAGUCAACUGUUUGCAAAUACUGGGUCAAAGUCUGGAUGCCAGGACAGUGAUGAAGACAGGCUUGGAGUCAGUCAAGGCAGCACUGCAGUCCUACUUCGACAAUGCAGCAGAGACUCUGGGGAAGACUCAAGAGAACCUGAAGCUUGGCCAAUUUACUCACAGCAAAGAACAGCCCAGAGGAGUCCCUCAGAUCAUCAACUAUACCACCUUUGGCCUGCUUCCGAUCCUGUCUUCCUUGUUUGAGCACGUUGGAAAGAACAAUUUUGGAGAAGAUCUCAUAUUGGAUGAGAUCCAGGUUUCCUGCUACAGAAUCCUUAACAGCCUCUACUUUCUGGGAACCAAUGAAAGCAUAUAUGUAGAGAGACAUCGCCCAGCAUUAGGAAAAUGUUUGGCUGCUUUCUCAACAGCCUUCCCUGUUGCCUUCCUUGAACCUCACAUCAACAAGUUCAACAACUUCUCACUCUACAACAGCAAAAGUGCUGAAGACAGAAAUGCUCUUGGUCUGCCCAGCCAGGUCGUAGAGGUUUGUCCAAUGAUUCCAAAUCUGGAGAGGUCUCUGGAAGAGAUCAUCGAGGUGGCAGAGUCUGGCAUGAAAUAUACUCAAAUGCCACAUGUCAUGGAGGUGGUUUUACCAGUUUUGUGCAGCUACAUGUCUCACUGGUGGGAACACGGGCCGGAGAACAACCCAAACCAGGCUGACAGUUGCUGUACAUCUGUGACCUCUGAACAUAUGAACAUAUUACUCGGAAACAUCUUGAAGAUCAUCUACAACAAUUUAGGGAUAGAUGAGGGAGCCUGGAUGAAAAGGCUAGCUGUGUUUUCACAACCAAUCAUCAGCAAGGCCAAAUCGCAGUUGCUCAAGACCCACUUUCUGCCUCUCAUGAAGAAACUCAGAAAAAAAGCAGCUGUUGUGCUGGCGGAUGAGGAACAAGGGAAGGCAGAGGGGAGGGGUGAGAUAUCAGAAACUGAGCUUCUCAUCAUGGACCAGUUCUCUGUUCUUGUCAGAGACCUCUACGCCUUUUAUCCCCUUCUAAUAAGAUUUGUUGACUACAACAGGGCCACAUGGCUGAAAGAGUCUAAUCCAGAGGCAGAGGUGUUGUUCCAGAUGGUGGCAGAAGUUUUCAUCUUCUGGGCGAAGUCUCAUAACUUUAAGAGAGAGGAACAGAAUUUUGUGGUUCAGAAUGAAAUCAACAACAUGUCCUUCCUCAUCUCAGAUUCCAAGUGUAAGAUGUCAAAGGGAAUAGGUUCCUUCCAGGAGAGGAAGAAGUUGCGGAGAAAGGGAGACCAAUAUUCAUUGCAGACCAGUCUGAUCGUGGCAACUCUGAAGCGACUCCUACCUGUAGGACUUAACAUUUGUGUUCCUGGCGAAAAAGAACUGAUUGCUCUUGCAAAGAACCGAUUCUCCCAGAAAGAUACUGAGGAUGAAGUGCGGCAAGUCAUUAGAAACAACCUGCAUCUACAAGGAAAGUUGCAGGACCCUGCUAUUAGGUGGCAAAGGGCCUUGUACAGAGACAUUCUAAAUAACUGUGAUGACACCCCUGACCCCGAGAAGAAUGUGGAAAGAGUUCUGGACAUUGCUCAUGUCCUCUUCCACCUCGACCAGGUUGAGCAUCCCCAGCACAGUAAAAAGGCUGUGUGGCACAAAUUACUGUCCAAACAGAGAAAGAGAGCUGUAGUUGCUUGCUUUAGGAUGGCUCCUCUCUACAAUCUGCCCAGGCAUCGGGCUGUCAACUUGUUCCUCCAGGGCUAUGAAAAAUCCUGGAUUGAGGCAGAAGAACACUUCUUUGAGGAUAAACUAAUAGAGGAUCUUGCUAAAUCCGGCGAACAACAGGCGUUCGAGGAGAUGGAGGGAGUGAAACACAUUGACCCACUACAUCAGCUCAUCCAGCUUUUCAGUAGAACAGCCCUUAUAGAGAAGUGUAAACUGGAUGAAGAUCAUCUCUACAUGGCUUACGCUGAUAUCAUGGCCAAGAGCUGUCAUGAUGAAGAAGAUGAAGAUGGGGAGGAAGUGAAAAGUUUUGAAGAGAAGGAGAUGGAAAAGCAGAAGCUGUUGUACCAGCAGGAAAGGCUUCAUGAUCGCGGCGCUGCUGAGAUGGUACUUCAGACCAUUAGUGCAAGCAAAGGUGAAAUGGGCUCCAUGGUGGCCUCAACUCUAAAAUUGGGCAUUGCAAUUCUCAAUGGAGGAAACUCAACAGUACAACUGAAAAUGCUGGAUUAUCUGAAGAACAGAAAGGAUGUGGGUUUCUUUCAGAGUCUUGCUGGCCUCAUGGAGUCAUGCAGUGUUCUAGAUCUAAAUGCAUUUGAGAGACAGAACAAAGCAGAAGGCCUGGGAAUGAUCACCGAGGAGGGAUCAGUCAACUCAGUCUUGGUUUUUGGUGAGAAGGUUAUGCAGGAUGAUGAGUUUACCUGUGACCUUUUCCGCUUCCUUCAGCUUCUCUGUGAAGGACACAACUCAGAUUUCCAGAACUACUUAAGGACUCAAACAGGGAACAAUACAACUGUCAACAUAAUCAUCUCGACUGUUGACUACCUUCUAAGAGUACAGGAGUCUAUUAGUGAUUUUUACUGGUAUUACUCCGGGAAAGAUGUAAUUGAUGAGCAGGGGCAGAGGAACUUCUCAAAGGCAAUUAACGUGGCCAAGCAGGUUUUCAACACGCUCACAGAGUAUAUCCAGGGUCCAUGUACUGGCAAUCAGCAGAGUUUGGCCCACAGUCGUCUGUGGGACGCUGUGGUUGGGUUUCUACAUGUCUUUGCUCAUAUGCAGAUGAAAUUGUCUCAGGACUCGAGUCAGAUUGAGUUACUGAAGGAACUGAUGGAUCUCCAGAAAGACAUGGUGGUUAUGUUGCUUUCAAUGAUGGAGGGGAAUGUGGUUAAUGGGACCAUUGGAAAGCAGAUGGUUGACAUGCUGGUGGAAUCAUCGAACAAUGUAGAAAUGAUUCUGAAGUUCUUAGAUAUGUUCCUCAAGCUGAAAGAUGUAACCUCUUCAGAUGCCUUUAAAGAGUAUGACCCUGAUGGGAAAGGUGUAAUAUCCAAGAGGGACUUCCAGAAGGCAAUGGAGAACCAUAAGCACUACACCCAGUCUGAGGCUGAUUUCCUUCUCUCCUGUGCUGAAACUGAUGAAAAUGAACUCCUGGACUAUGAAGAAUUUGUGGAGCGCUUUCAUGAACCAGCUAAGGACAUUGGCUUCAAUGUGGCGGUUUUGUUGACCAACUUGUCAGAGCACAUGCCUCAUGACAACCGGCUGCACACCUUCCUGGAGCUGGCAGAAAGUGUUCUCAACUACUUCCAGCCCUACCUGGGUAGGAUUGAGAUUAUGGGCAGUGCCAAGCGUAUUGAGAGGGUCUACUUUGAGAUCAGUGAGUCCAGUCGAACACAGUGGGAGAAACCUCAGGUUAAAGAAUCCAAGCGCCAGUUCAUCUUUGAUGUGGUAAAUGAAGGAGGCGAGAAGGAAAAGAUGGAAUUGUUUGUGAAUUUCUGUGAGGACACCAUCUUUGAAAUGCAACUGGCUGCUCAGAUGUCAGACACUGGCGAGCGCUCAGCUGUGAAAGAGGACAGUGAGCAAGAGAGGCCAGAUAUGGACAAUCCAGAGACAAGCUUCUUUUCAGUUACCACGGCCCGCAUGGCACUGACAGCGCUGCGGUACAGUUUCAUGAUAUUGAUUAAGGUGCUGUCCAUAAAGAGUUUGAAGAAGCAGAUGAAGAAGCUAAAGAGUAUGACAUCAAAAGACAUGGUGACAGCCCUGGUUUCAUUCUACUGGUCUGCAUUGCAGGGCCUUUUUCAUAUGGCAUUCAGUGUGGUUCGAGGAUUUUGCAGAAUUUUCUACAAUAAUAUAUUUGGAGGUAACCUGGUUGAUGGGGCCAAGAGGAUAAAGGUGUCUGAGCUACUGGCUAACAUGCCUGAACCCACCCAGGAUGGAGUCAGGUUGAAGGGAAAGGACAAAGAGAGAAAAUCAUCUAACAGGAGUUCAAUGAAGGAGGACCUGGCAUACUUGGCUGUCAAUACCAGUGACACUGAGCUGUUGUCAGACAUUUUUGGCCUGGACUUACGGAGAGAGGGAGGACAAUAUAAAAUAAGUCCUCACAACCCCAAUGCCAGUCUCACUGAAAUUCUCAACUCCCCGCUUCCUCCUCCGCCCCCUUGUGCUGCCUCAGCAGCACCUCCUCCUGAGCUCAGACAAAUGGAUCAGUCCAAGAGCCCUUCCUUGGAGGAGAAGAAGGAAGAAACAACAGAAAAUGCAUGUGAAACAAAGAAAAGGGGUGAACAUGAAGAGAAACAGGAGAAGAAUGUGAAGAUGAAAUCAAAGGUGAAAAGGCAUAAGAUGUCAAAGGAUGAACCCGAUUUGCAGGAGUCAGCAGUCUCAAAGAAGAUCGUUGCGUAUCAGAGGAAACUCCUGAACUAUUUUGCUAGGAAUUUUUACAACAUGAGGAUGCUGGCUCUAUUAGUUGCAUUUGCCAUCAACUUCAUUCUCCUAUUCUAUAAGGUUUCUAAAUCCUCAUCAGUGGCUGAGGAAGUGAUCACAAACAGCCCACCAGACAGCACCAUUCAGUGGGAUCCACUGAGUGGUGAGCCUAUGGUGGAGAAGAAAGAUGGUGUAAUGGAUGACCUCGGAGAGCCCUUGAAGUUAGCUAUGGUCCAUUUUGUCUUGGAGGAGGGCAGCGGAUACAUGGAGCCCACACUGCGGAUCUUGGCUAUCCUUCACACUGUCAUCUCUUUCUUCUGCAUCAUCGGAUAUUACUGUCUCAAGGUUCCAUUGGUGGUCUUUAAGCGUGAAAAGGAGGUUGCCAGGAAGUUGGAGUUUGAUGGCCUUUACAUAACAGAGCAGCCAUCUGAAGAUGAUAUCAAAGGACAGUGGGACAGACUGGUUAUCAACACACAAUCUUUCCCGAACAACUAUUGGGAUAAAUUUGUGAAGCGAAAGGUAAUGGAUAAGUAUGGGGAAUUUUAUGGUCAUUACCGGAUCAACGAGCUUCUGGGAUUGGACAAGGCUGCUCUGGACUUCAGUGGUGCUCAUAAAAAAAGAAAACCCAGAAAAGACACCUACCUGGCUGCUGUGCUGAACUCCAUUGAUGUCAAAUACCAGAUCUGGAAGCUGGGAGUGGUGUUCACUGACAAUUCGUUCCUGUAUCUGGCCUGGUAUAUGACGAUGUCCAUCCUGGGUCACUACAACAACUUUUUCUUUGCUGCACAUCUGCUUGACAUUGCUAUGGGUUUCAAGACACUGCGGACCAUCCUGUCCUCAGUGACGCACAAUGGCAAACAGCUGGUGUUAACAGUUGGCCUAUUAGCAGUGGUGGUGUAUCUGUACACAGUAGUAGCCUUCAACUUCUUCAGAAAGUUCUACAACAAGAGUGAAGAUGGAGAAUUACCUGAUAUGAAAUGUGAUGAUAUGUUGACUUGCUACAUGUUCCACAUGUAUGUUGGUGUGCGAGCAGGGGGAGGCAUCGGUGACCAGAUUGAGGACCCAGCAGGAGACGAAUAUGAGAUGUAUCGCAUCAUAUUUGACAUCACCUUUUUUUUCUUUGUCAUUGUAAUCCUUCUGGCAAUCAUCCAAGGUUUAAUCAUUGACGCUUUUGGAGAACUGCGGGAUCAACAAGAACAAGUGAAAGAAGACAUGGAGACAAAAUGUUUUAUCUGUGGAAUAGGCAAUGACUACUUUGAUACAGUGCCACAUGGCUUUGAGACACACACUCUACAGGAGCACAACUUGUCCAAUUACCUAUUCUUUGUGAUGUAUCUUAUCAACAAAGAUGAAACAGAGCACACAGGCCAGGAAUCUUAUGUAUGGAAGAUGUACCAGGAGCGUUGCUGGGAGUUCUUCCCAGCUGGCGAUUGUUUCCGGAAACAGUAUGAAGAUCAACUCAACUGAUCUGUCUAUGGUGAUCUGUCCCCUGUGGUGGUUCCUAAGCCCUGUACGCUGCAUACUUACUUGAGUAGCAUGUGUUAGCAAACCACCCAACACCACUCCCCAUCGCUCUCCCCUCACAAGACACCAAGGAGCCACAUCUCUAAAACCAGACUGACUUUCAUCCAACAUCUUCCUCAUUCAGCAGGUCAACUUGCUUACUCUGCCCCAGACUGCAGCACACUCAUUUUGGAAUAUUUUGUGUACAUGGAAAUGAUCUGAUUAUAUACUGUAAAAUCAGACUGCUGGCAUGUGACAGCUGUCUUCGACUCAGAUGAGUCUUUCUUUUCUUCUAUUUGACAUAACAGUAACAAGCAUUAAAAAAAAAGAAAAGAAAAGGGAGCAGAGUGUGGACAGAGGAGUGUGACUUCUUGUGUCUACAACACACACUUGAUGGUGGUACAGGUAGUGGACACUGCAACAACACUGAAACUUCCUGCAAUAUAUCUUUAACGAUCUGCUUUUGUUACCACUGUCAAAAAUGUGACCCUCAUUGAAUUUUGCUUGCCAUGCAGUGGGAAGACAAUGUGCCUGAAGCUGAAUCAUUUUCCAAUGUUUAACAAUUGAGAAUAUUUUCAUGGUUUGAAUUCAAGUGGAGCUUCCAGAUGUUAUCACUGUGUUUACAAUCUGCACUUGCCAAUAUUGUGCAUGUGUGAUGAACACUGUAAAAUUACCUGCGACAUGAACAAGUUCCAGUUUUAUUCAAGUUAAGUUGAAUAAUGAAAAAUAGAUUAAAAGUCUCUUUAAUUUGCUUCUUUUUAAGGCUACAUCAAUAAAUACAUAAAUACAUAAAGAUGUAAAAUUUUAAUCAAGGAUUAACAUCCUGAAAUUUUGAAUUAUUUGAUUAUUAGGAUGACGUUA